AUGACUAUGGCAUGGUUUCGGACCGUUUGGUGCUUGGGUAGCCUCUGUUUGGCGUCCGCGCUGCGGGUCGAUGAUCGCCAUCCACCACCCUGCCAAAAAGAGUAUACAUGCGAUGCGCAGAGGGUCAAUCAGUCUGCCCAAAUCCAAGAAGACCGUAUUGCAGUGUACACAUACAAUAUCGGUGGCUACGAGGAGAUGCGUGGUGACCACAUUCCAUGCGUCCCGUCACACCUCGAUGCCUUCUUGUUUAUAGAUGAGAUUAGUCAGAAACGUUUUGGCCUCACGGCUGUGAAGAAAUGGCAAGAGCAGGGGUGGCGUGUCGUGAACUUCACGCAGGUUAGCGGAACCAAGUUUGUACCCAGUUCCAGACUGACGAGCAAAUCACUGAAGUUCACACCGCCUGGUUGGUUGCUGAACGGUACCUGGCAGUGGUUGGUUGAGUACGAUGGCAACAUCGUGGUAGACCUGCAUAGACUUGCACCGUUCCUGCAAAGGCGGAGGGAACAGGCCUUGGUUAUGCUGAACUGGGGCUACCACCAGGACUGCAGUGAUGACAGCUUCAAGUGCUUUAUGAACGAAGUGACAAGCAUGCUCACCGAGAGGGUCGAAUAUGUUGCUCGCUCCAAAGAGAACGUUCUGAAAUGGAAAGAACUCCUCGACCAGAUGCACCAGGGCAAGCUGACGCAGGGAGGCCGGAUAUACAAGCCAGCGAACUACUACGAGACGAAUGUGAUCUUUCGCAACCUGCAGCAUGCUAGAGCCGACAAGGUCAGAGAUGCGUUUGAGAAGACGUUCAUGAAGCUGGGUUGUCCUUUGGCAUCUUUUUAA